CUUCCCUGGUGCAGCCUGGGAAGAGGGAAGGGGAUGAAUGUGAUCAGUGCGAGUCGCCGGAGCUCCCUCAGCCUGCUCCUUCUUACUUGUCCUUGACGGGACAUUCCGGGACGGAUAGCGAGUUAGUGUGCGUUGUCAGUUGCUGAUGCAAGGGCUAAAGUGCUGAUUUGUCCUGGGCAUCUUGGAGUGCUCUGAUGGGAGGCAGUGCCGGCUCCGGCUGGGACUGGGGAUGCUGAGUGUGGGGAGGGAGGGCCUGUUUGAGCUGGGACAGCAGCUCCAGCAGCAGGGGGAGUACCAGGCCGCCCUGCAUUGCUUUCUCAGCUGCCUGCUUGGACUGACCCACGUGCAGAGUUUCACCUCUCUGCCCAACUGCCUUCACCAGAUCGCGGAACUGUUCAUCACUGAAAAGAACUAUGGGAAGGCCCUCCAGUUCAUUCAAGCUGAAAAAAUGUUCUACGAGGUGGCGUUGAUCGAGCUCACGGCUCUACACGGGAGCACAGGGCUCCAGGAGGAGCCUUCACUGGGCUCCGCAGGAUGUGCGACCCAAGAGGAACUCUCGGAGCAAGCAUCCCAGGCAGAGAACCUCGAGCGCCUGGCCCAGCUCUGCAUCAUGAGCAAACAACCUCAUCUUGCGCUAGAGUACAGUGGAAAGGCUGCAAAAAUCCACCAGAGGGCCUUUGGUAACGACCACCCAAUAACUGCCAGAAGCCUGGAGCUCAUGGCCACAGUCUAUGCCGAGAUUGGCAAGACUGAAUAUUCAGACUCCCUGGGUCAGCGUGUGUCUGCGCUCUCCAAACGCUUCGCUGCUGCUGAGUCAAUCACGGAAACCGUCAACGGUUUUCCUCAGUUACAUCCAGAGAAAUACUCGGAGGUUCGCCACAGAAAGGACUUUUGCCACCAGCAGGAAGACAAAACGGAAAACAAGUUCAUCAAUGGAAAAAUUCCCACAUCUAUCCUCAAGAAGCCAAGCCCCACUCGCGGGUCAGUCACAGAAGCCCCCCAAAGCCGGAAAGGCGAGCGGAGGGUUCGAUUCCGGGAGCCAGAGACCACGGUUCAUGACAUUCCUUCCUGUGAUGACACAGGUGCCUUUGUAGCCUAUGAAACGACACCUUCCCGCCCUCACCUGUUCCUGUUCACUUGCCUGUUCCUGAUGAUGUCCUUCCUGGGCGUGGCCAUGUACUGCACAGGCCGGCGGCAUCCACAACGAGUGUGCGAGCAGCUGGAGGCCACUCUGGCCGUUUACCUGCUUCACAUGAAGCAGCUUGUUUGGGGUUGUUGGAUGUGGUUGACCAUGCAGUUAUGAAGACCAGUCACAGGACAGGACAUCCUUUGUGGUGAGACAUCUAGCUCCCACGUGUGCAAAGCUAUCGGAUUUAUUUGAUAUCCAUCUUAACGUCCAUGAAUGAGUACACUGUAAAUUCAAAGACAAUGCAUCUGCACAAUGGCGCCACUGCUGGGGGAUCCUGAUUUUCCGAUCAGUGCAAGAGGGGCAGAGCGAUCGGGGACAUUUGGGCGGUCUCCAAGUGGUUCAUCCCAAGAAUCCAAUAUGCAACGAGCGCGCUUCAUUUGAAGGCAAUUAAAGGAGCUGCUUUGUUUGGCCAUGAUUGAAGUCAGCUGUGACCACUCCCAGAGUGGCGCAGUACACCCUCUCGCAGUUCCACCGACCUUCAUUCAUCUGAGAAAUUACCAACAUCGGGUCUAACCUGCCUCCAAGUUACGCCACACGCCGCACAGGAUUUCCACCAGUCGCUAAGAUAGAGCCAUUGGUCCUCACUAGUAAGACAAUUCACCAAUACUAGUAAUGUUUCUUUUUCCACUGCUAGUGCUAUUUUUUACUAAAUGACUGUGCUGUACUAGUAACACCAAACAGGAAUCGUGUAUUAUGUAAUAGUACUCUUCUGGAUCCCACCUGUAGCACCAAGAUAACCCAUAGUAUGGUCUCACUAGAAGUAUGUAGUUCUACUAGGAUGUCAAAAUUGUUCUACCAGUGUGCAAAAAUGUCACAGAGUAGUGGAAAAAAAUUACUAUAAGAUACGGACAUUCUAUUAGUGUGUUUAUUUGUCUUACUAGUGAAGGCAAAGUGCAUACUAGUACAUGGACCUUAAGCUGGAUAACAAGGACAUCAAUUAAAUGCUCAAAUGGCUUUUCAUACCCGCGCUGAUGCUCGUGUGUAUGUGACGUAUGCAUGAACACCUCAAUGGGGUCGCUCUGGCUUGUUGCUCCUAUUCUUCAAUUUUGCACAUUUACGCUCACAUAUUCCUUGCCAUACUUGAUUCCGCAGCUGCCCUCUAUUGUACGUAUUGUAUAAUUGUAUGAUGCAAGUAUUUAUUUUUGUACAGAACAUGAUUUGUGUAUAGAAGACAUGAAACUGAAUGUGUCAGUAACAAAUAUCCUGAAAUUCUGCUUUAUACGUGUCCUUUAAUAAAGGUAAAUGAUAUUCAACUUACUGGACAUAAAGUGACAACACUCUCGCACAAUCCAGUGCAAGUGUUACAUCAGUGAUGUCGUCUUUAUAAAGACAAUAAUGCUCAAUUUUGA